AUGGCACUUGCGAUGGAAAAGAAGAAUCAGCCCUAUUUUGGGCUGACUGGAGGAUGGCUUACUUUCUGGGUCACAGUUGCUUGCGCAACUGAUAUGACUUUAUUCGGUUACGAUCAAGGCGUUUUCAGUGGCGUUGUUAUCACACAGAACUUCCUCGAACUCCAUGAUCUCGUCGGCCCAGCCAAGACCAAGACACUUUCCACUGUAACCGCCAUCUACGAUGUCGGUUGUUUCUUCGGGGCCAUUCUCGCUUUUACAGUGGGUGAGCGCCUUGGACGGAAAAGAGCAAUCAUGGUGGGCACGACCAUCAUGGCUGUUGGUGCCAUUCUUCAGGCGACGUCGUACAGUCUGCCGCAGAUGUUCGUGGGUCGAAUUAUUGUGGGUAUUGGAAAUGGUGUCAAUACAGCGACAGCUCCAGUUUGGCAGACAGAAACAUCCCAGCUAAAAUGGCGUGGCAAGCUGGUGAUCCUCGACAUGAUGAUGAAUAUCGCAGGCUAUUGCAUCGUCAAUUGGAUAAACUAUGGACUUUCAUUUGCUGGAGGCGCCGUUGCGUGGCGAUUCCCGCUUGCAUUUCAAUUCUUCUUUUUCUUCAUACUGUGGUCUACCGUACCUUGGCUUCCGGAAUCUCCUCGUUGGCUUCUAGCUCACGGAAAAGAAGAUAAAGCUGUCGAGGUGAUUAGCUGUCUAGAAGGCAAGUCCAUCGAUGAUCCUUUUGUCAUUGCCCAGCGCAACGAAAUUGAUUUUACCAUUCGCUACGAGCAUGAGAACUCGGUGCGGUGGCGCGACCUUCUAAAGAAAAGAGAUCAUCACACGAAAACCCUGCGACGGUUGCUUCUCGGUGCAGGCACCCAGUUCAUGCAGCAGUUUGGCGGUAUCAACAUCAUGUCCUACUAUCUCCCGACAGUCCUGGAAAAGUCAGUCGGUCUUAAGGAGAGCAUGGCACGUCUGCUCACGGCUUGUAAUGCCAUCUCAUACUUGAUCUUUUCCGGGCUCGCGGUGCUUUUAGUUGAGCGUAUGGGUCGUCGUGGCUUGAUGAUUCUGUCGACAUUUGGCCAGUUCUUGUGUUUCCUGAUUAUCACCAUUCUGUUGCGGUUUGCGGAGACUUCGAGUAAUGGCAAGGCCUGGGGAUCUGCUUCGGUCGCUUUCUUCUUUUUGUUCCAUGGGAGCUUUGGUAUUGGAAUGCUAGGUGUUCCCUGGCUAUAUCCGACCGAGAUAAACUCCUUGCCUAUGAGAACAAAGGGCGCCGCGGUAGCGACAGCGACCGACUGGAUCACAAACUUUGUCAUUGUCGAGAUCACGCCAAUUGGUAUACAAAGCCUUGGCUGGAAGUUCUGGAUUGUAUGGACGGUGACGAACGCUCUGUUCCUUCCAGUGCUAUACUUCCUGUACCCAGAGACAGCUAAUCGGAGUCUCGAGGAUAUCGACGCAUAUUAUCACUCUAAUCCGUCCUUAAUAGUGACAAUCGACGCCGAUGCCAUUUGCAGAAAACGACCUCAAAAGUACAUCGACCGCGAGGACGAGGAGCUUGAGAGAACUACUGCUAGCAAAGGAAUUCGGUUGGUAGCAGCACAGCACGUGGAGGAUAACGUGAAGUAA